CCAACGCCACUCAUCAAGCAGAGAACCUCGGCCAUUUUGUCGAGCGGUUAGUGCUUAUUCAAACUUUGCGCGGAUAGAUCAUUGCGAAGCUAAUCCCAGCAUCCCUAGCCAGACUCUGGGAGAUAUCGUGGGAUCUAUCGAGUCUUGGAACGCGAGCGCAGACCCGUCAAGAUGCCUCCCAAACGGCGCAGGCCUACGGCCGAUGAUGGUGCUGAGCGGUCAGAUGACCCUCCCCAGACCCGGAGCGCAGCCAUCACGUCGCGGUUAACGCCGCUGCAAGCGAAGCACAGCACUUCGUAUGGCUCUCCUGCACCUGUAUUGCCCCUGCGAGAUUCAGGCAAAUACGGGGCAAAUCUCAAAGGCGCCACGCGCGAUAUCUUUGCGGCCGUGCGCAAAGAGAACAAGCAGGCCAAACUAGAUCAGGGACUCACCCAUGGAGAGGUAGUAAGGGAAUCCGAGUCCCCUGCUCCUCCGAGUGAGCCGGUAGAUGAGGCUGAUACCUUGAAGCGCCAACAAGAGGAAGAGGAGGCUAUUCGACUACAGGAGGCUGAAGAGGCUGCUCGACAACGUGUGCUUGAAGAAAGGGCCGUUCGCCGGCGGGACCUUGCAGAUAAAGUCGCUCGCCGAGAGGCUGCCCGAAAACAGGAGGCUGAAGAAGAGGCUGCUCGACAACGCGAAGCAGAAGAAGAGGCCGUUCGACAACGCGAGGCAGAAGCUGAGGCCGCCCAGCAACAACAGGCUGAAGAAGAGGCAGCUCGGCAACAGGCAGAAGUCGACAUGGAGAACCGGCUGCAAGAGGCUGAAGCAGCGAGACGAACGGAACAGGAACGAGAAGUGAAGCGGAAAUCCAUGCUUCGCGACAUCCAGGAAGAGGAAGGGUACGAUGAGCAAGAAGAUGGAGGGUACGAUGAGCAGGAAGACGAGCAGGAACAAGACCAAGGAGUGCACCUUCCGGACGACGUGCAGCGCUUUGCCAGGUCGGAGAUAUGGGAAGCAGCAGCUGGCGGCUCCAGACUUGGAGCAUUUCGGAAGCGUCCUACGCCCGAAUCCGCGCCAACUUCCUCUCCGAAGCGAGCGAAAAAAGACCAUACACCGUCGCACAACCCCACAGACGACAGGCGCGGUCCUGGCAACCUGUCAGACCCUUCUGAGUUCCUCGGGCUGACGGGCCGGAGCUUCAUUGAGGAGAGCAAUGUUUUCAAGGACGCUGAGCUGCAAACUCCGGCAGGUUCGUCAGUCAUGGGCGAUACUCCAACCCGAAACAGACAGACAGCUAUUCCAGUGGCGGGGCCAAGAGACGGUGGCCUCGCUUCUAACAUACUCCCUGUCUCGAGGGAGUCGAGGCCGAGGCUGCGAUCUUCCGCCUUCCCUGCACAACUUCCCCAGCCUGCAACAGACGCGUCUGUGGCAAGUAGUGGGAAGCCGGUGACAAUGGAGCACGAGGCUGAGACUGGACAUCCUGCCGCUCAACGCCGACCUUCAGCUCCAACCGGAAAUAGGCCGACCGAGAACAAUGGCCCAAUUUUGCAUCGGCGCGGCCGCUCAAAACGUGCUGAACCGGGUAUAACGCAGAACUCCCGAGAAGAGGACCCAGUCGCGGCGUCUCCAGGCCGCGGCAGGCCGCUCCCGGCCUCUGGCGACUUGCUUUCCAACCGUCCAGUGUUUCCCCCCCCUGCGACGGGCGGCGGAGAAACCGAGUCUCAAGCAGCCAGCAGCUCGGGCGUCCGCUUGCAACAAUCAAGUCCACGUAGGCGAGAUAAAGAUCAGGCUUCGCCAGCGCCUCCAUCUCCACGGAUACCGAAUCCUCUCCAUGCCAGCAAGGCAAUAUCGGGCGUUGAUUCCGUCCAGGAGUCUGAUCCCCUCCCCGCUCUCUACUCGCGUCAGUGGUACCUCUACUACGCGAAACAUGUCUCCCGGAUACUUCUUAGCACGGCGCACAAUUUCCUUUACUGGGUCGCGUGCCUUGUGCUGACACUCUUCGUCCUCCGUCUGUGGUACCGGGUGGGCAGCCCAGAACUCGAGAAUUCUCGCGUCAACAAUACCCUUGAAUGGCGUGGAUGGACGGACUGGAAACACAAUUUCGCUCAGUUUGUGCCGUACACGCUUAGCCACCCCCUCGGCUGUAUCACGGAUGACGAGUAUAAUGUCCUCAAUUACUUCGUCAAGUCCCAAAGCGACCAAUUAUCGGAGCUCUCAAAGACCAGCCAAGUCACCAGUCUGGCGAUCGAAAAACUGGAGAGCAUCCUGCCCCAGACUGUCUUGGUCAAGCAGGACAAGAAGACCAAGAAGCUCAUCAUUUCCCAAGAUUUUUGGCAUGCCCUUAAAGAUGAAAUCCAAAAGGAACAGUCAAUUUUGACUCUGCAGACAAGCAAGGACGGCACCGACGACAUAUCCGACCACCAUUGGUCGGCUCUGUUAAAGCGGUUCAAGGUGCAUGGAGUUCCUGGCCAAGACCGUUCUGCCGACGACGUCACCAGCAUCGUUGAGCGAACGCUCUCGAGUUCGUGGGAGACGUGGCUGAAGAACAACCACGAGAAAGUCAAUGAGAUUCUCGAACCUUCUUCCCUCAAAGACUUCUCCGCGGCCACAGAGCAAAAGGUGCUCUCGCAUGCUGAGGAGCUCAUUCAGGAGAGACUGUCUGCCAAGGGCCUCAAGGACGUCGUCGUAACCAAGGACGAGUUUGUACGGGAAGUGGAACGGAAUCUCGAGGCAUACAAGGGUGGGAUUGAAGCAGAGCUAGAAGACUUACGGGACAAACUCGGAGACAUGGUCGAGAACGCCGUUAAACCUUCCGAGCCGGCCAGCAACAGCGCAGGGUUGUCAAGGAGCGAGGUCAUCGCCCUCACCAAUGAUAUCGUCCGCAAGGCCAUAGGCGACGUACAUCUCGAGGCAGCCGCGAAAGGCAACAUCGGGACCAAUUUCGAGGCGGAACUGGGUCGACGCGUGAAUUACUUCGGACUCGGCAACGGCGCUAGCAUUGAUGUGUCAUUGACGUCGCCGACGUACCAGCCUCCGACAAAACCACCCAUAGGCUCGUCUUCAUGGCUGAAGUUCAAGUCGCCAUCAUUUCGACCCGAGAAGUCAGCCGCACUGACGAGCUGGGAAGAAGCUGGUCACUGCUGGUGCGCCGCAAACAGGUUCAAGGACAGCAUUACUCACCCCGCCGACAUCUCCAUCAAGCUCCCGGAGUCCAUCAUCCCCGAGAACGUUGUUAUCGAGCACAUCGACCCUUCGGCGACUCUUGACCCCAAGGCCAUGCCUAAGAAGAUCGAGGUCUGGGCUAUCAUCGACGAACACAGUCGCCGCGAGAAGGCGUACAAUUUCAUGAUGGCGCAGUAUCCAGACACGAAAAGUGACCACCCCCUUAUCAGGAGAGGGUUCCUGAAGAUCGGAGAGUUUACCUACGAGCACAACAGUGCUACAAACGGGGUCCAGGUCUACAGGGUCUCUUCCGAGUUCGCCAAGAUGGAUUCCAUGACCGACCACGUCCUGAUCCGCGCCGUGAGCAAUUACGGCGCAGACCAUACCUGCUUCUACCGGGUGCGGCUGUACGGGGAACCGCGAGAUCUCGAGGAUACGGAGCAUAUCCCUGCGUAAUGGAAUCAUUUUUACAGACACCACUUGGUCUGCGAUGGGAGUAGAGCCAGUCAUUGCUUCGCUUGGAGUCAGGGGACGGCCAAGGGGGAUCAAAUGGCGUUUCGUGUUGUGAUACCCUCGGAAAUUAUCAUUUUUGUCAUUGUUGGCCCUUUUCUCUUGGUUUUCGUUUUCGUUUUCGUUCUUUUUUGGGCCUGGAUUGUCGAUUAGCCGUGUCAAAUGUCAUGCA